GGUGGCGGACAGCCAGGGGGAGGAGGAGGAGGAGGAGGAGGAGAGGUCGUCACCGUCUGGACCACAGUCCGGGAGAGAGACGGCUGCUGCUGCUGCUUCUGCUGCUGCUCUCCGUCCGCGGCCUGGGCGACAGGCUUGUUCCCGCACGGUCACUAACGCCAUGAGCAGGGGGACAACGGCGCUGUUGACCUCGUCCCGCCGCUCCUGAAAACAUGACCCAUGCGAGCGGCUCUGUGCGAGAAGAUGGCGGAGACGGACGGAGCGGACUGUGCCGCGAAACACUCGCAGAGCAGUAUGGCUAACAAGAAUAGCACCCUGCGCUGUACCUUCUCAGCCCCGAGCCACAGUGCCGUACUCCUUCAGGGCUUGGCGGCCUUGCGGGCUCAGGGCCAACUACUUGACGUCGUGCUGGCCAUCAACGAGGAGCGUUUCCAGGUCCACAGAGCUGUGCUGGCUGCCUGUAGUGAUUACUUCCGAGCAAUGUUUACUGGCGGCAUGAGGGAGUCAAAUCAAGACACCAUUGAGCUGCGGGGUUUGUCUGCCCGUGGGCUGAAACAUAUUAUCGACUUUGCCUACAGUGCAGAAGUCACAUUAGACCUGGACUGUAUUCAGGAUGUCCUCGGAGCAGCGGUGUUUCUUCAGAUGGUCCCAGUCGUAGAGCUCUGCGAGGAGUUCCUCAAGUCGGCGAUGAGCGUGGAGACCUGCCUUCACAUCGGCCAGAUGGCCACCACCUUCAGCCUGUCCUCCCUGAAGGAGUCGGUGGACACCUUCACAUUUCGUCACUUCCUCCAGAUUGCCGAGGAGGAGGACUUCCUGCACAUUCCCAUGGAUCGCCUUGUCUUCUUCCUGCAGAGCAACAAACUGAAGAACUGUUGCGAGAUCGAUCUAUUCCACGCCGCCAUCAGGUGGCUCCGGUAUGACAAGUGUCGCCGGGCUCAAGCCAGCAGUGUCCUCUGCCACGUCCGCUUCCCGCUAAUGCGCUCCUCGGAGCUGGUGGACAGUGUUCAGACAGUGGACAUCAUGGUGGAGGACGUGCUGUGCCGGCAGUAUCUCCUCGAGGCAUUCAAUUACCAGAUCCUUCCCUUCCGACAACAUGAGAUGCGCUCCUCGCGUACGCUCACUCGUUCUGACGUCUUGUCACUCAUCACCUUCGGCGGGACGCCUUACACCGACAACGACCGCACAGUGAGCACCAAGGUGUACUAUCUCCCCGACAUCACCUCCCGCCAGUUCAAAGAGCUGACAGAGAUGGAGACCGGCUGCAGCCACGCUUGUGUUGCUGUACUUGAUAACUUUGUGUAUAUUGUCGGUGGACAGCACUUACAGUACCGUAGUGGCGAGGGCGCGGUGGAAAGCUGCUUCCGCUACGACCCUCACCUCAGCCAGUGGCUGCGCAUCCAGCCCAUGCAGGAGGCUCGUAUCCAGUUUCAGCUCAACGUGCUGCAUGGACAGCUGUAUGCCACCGGGGGGCGCAAUCGAUCCGGCAGUCUGUCAUCUGUGGAGUGUUAUUGCCCAAAGAAGAAUGAGUGGACCUAUGUGGAACCAUUAAAGCGCAGGAUUUGGGGUCACGCAGGAAGUCCCUGUGGAGAAAAGCUGUACGUUUCAGGGGGCUACGGCGUCUCGCUGGAUGACAAGAAAACGCUUCACUGCUAUGAUCCAGCAUCAGACCAGUGGGACUUUAGAGCUCCCAUGAACGAACCCAGAGUGCUGCACGCCAUGAUCAGCAUUGGGGAUCGGGUUUACGCUCUGGGCGGUCGCAUGGACCACGUGGACCGUUGUUUUGAUGUGCUGGCAGCGGAGUAUUACGUUCCAGAGCACGACCAGUGGACCACUGUCAGCCCCAUGAGAGCCGGGCAGUCUGAGGCAGGCUGCUGCCUACUGGACAGGAAGAUCUACGUCGUGGGUGGAUACAACUGGCACCUGAACAACGUCACAAGCAUCGUGCAGGUGUACAACACCGAGACGGAUGAGUGGGAGAGGGAUUUGCACUUCCCAGAUUCUUUUGCUGGCAUCGCCUGUACACAGAUUAUACUUCCACAAAACACCACACCACACUAAACUGCGACUGUGAAGAUUUUUAUUCCAUGUGCUAUUUCUGCCGAUCUUGUGUUGUCACAAGGUGUGAAACUAAUGUUAGCUGUGUGUGUGUGUGUGUGUGUGUGUGUGUGUGUGUGUGUGUGUGUGUGUGUGUGUGUGUGUGUGUGUGUGUGUGUGUGUGUGUGUGUGUGUGUGUGUGUGUGUGUGUGUGUGUGUGUGUGUGUGUGUGUGUGUGUGUGUGUGUGUGUGAACGAAUGGAUUUUUACGUUGGGACACUUUGGGAAGCUUUUGAAAGAUAGAUUUUGACAGUCUGUCAGUGUUCACCAACACAUUUUUGCAAGUUGGCAACAGUGGAAAAGCCUUUAGCAUGAUGAUGAGCACUUUUUCUGUUUGAAUUCAAUAACAAAGUGAUUGGUUUAUUAUUACCAGUCAGAUUUAAGUAUCAUAAUAUGAUAUAUAAGUGGUAUGUUUUAAUAAUAUCUUAACAGUCUUUGAUUAUUGUACACUUGCCCUCGGGCACAUUUACUGGAAAUAUGUAUAGUCUCUCUUCCAAAAUUCCAAAAUAGUGACAUUUAUAACACUUUAUACCACAGAAAUAUUGAUUGAUAAUUAUAUCAACCAAUCAACUGUAAAAGUUUCAGAAGGCACAAAUACGACUUUUUGAUUUUAUCCUCGUUUUAUCGGAGUAUAUGUGACUUGGAAAUCUCAUUUUUGAUCAAAAGUCUUGAGUUAAAAUUUGCUGUGCAAACACUCAACUUUUAUAAUGUCGGACAUUUUGAUUGUACAAUUGUGAUUUUUUUCAAAUUUGAAUUUAUUGUUUUUAUUAUUCAAGCAAACAAGAUAGCUUAUAAUCUUACUGUUUUUACUCAUCUUUUCAAAUGUACUAAUCACCAAACCACAUAUUAACGCACAGAAUCGAUUGCAAAAGUAUUGUGUAAGUAUUUGUCUCAACUGAAUUACUCUACAUUAUUUUGUUAAUGUUUUUUGUUUUUGUUUGUUUGUCUUGAAUAACUACUGCUACUCAUGAUUCCUGAGAUAAACUACCCCCCAUCCCCCGACACACUUAUCACCUAAUGUCACAAACUAUAGUAGGCAGCUACAUAAAUCAUUAAUGUGUGUCCAUUGGAAUGUCAGUGUGUGCUGGUUUUGUGUUACAUGUUGUAGGAUAACUCUCUUUUAGCACCUGAGCUGUUUCCCAAACAAGCACAAAUGUCUACUUUUCACGCUCAAACUAUCCAUUUGUCGCUGCUGAUUCCGGCUUUUGUUUUUGUUUGCAUUGUUGCACUUUUCAGAGCAGUAUUUAUACAGUAUUUAUACAACGGUUGAUUUUGAUGUGUAUAAGGAAGAAGCAAGCUUAAAGUUCUUGUUUCCUUUUAAUCGUGACUAUCGGUAUGAUGGCGAGUGUCUCCUGUUUGCCUUAGUGUGUCUUGUUCUGUACCAAUAAAAGCACAUUAUAUUGUUCAAGUGCAAUAUAAAGAAAACUGCUGUAAUCAAAGGGGAAUGUAGACAUCUGUGUAGCUUUAUCUGCAUUCUUUAUUAAAGGAAUAUUGCUUUUUG